AUGGUGAUGAUGUCUGGCCAUUUGCUGCUGGUGGGCGCCAUAUGCGUGCUGUGGUGCGGUUUAUCUGGAGUUGCUGCCGAUGAUGCUGGUGAUGUUGGUUCUCUUGAGGAAAAUGGUACUGGCAAGGACGAAAAUGAGUUGAAAGGAAUAUCUUCUCCAGGUUUGAGUGUACCAAAGGGAAAAGAGAAACCAGCAGCAGCAGCAUUGGGAGGAGGAGGAGCCCCAGAUUCACAGGGAGGGAAGGAUACUUCUAUGUCAGAAGAGGGUGAAAAUAUCCUACAAGAACAUGGAGUGAAUUUAUAUGUCGAUCUACCCAAAACAAAUGAGGAUGAAAAUGAAAAUAAAGGCUUGACGGAUGCUGGACUUGACACGAGGAAUCAAGCAGCACCACCAACACCUCUUCCGGGCACAUCAGGAGAAUCGCCAGAGCCUCCACUAUUACCAGCAGUGAAGGGACCACCGGCAUCCCCAGGGGUUUCUUCACAAGAACCACCUACCCAAGCAUCAACGAAGCUAACAGUACCUGUACAGCCAGCAGAGCUCAACACUGCGGGCUCGGUGACACCGGUGCAGUCACAGGGAGGACCAGAGACAAUGCAGCCAACUCAAGAACCUCCAAAAGUAUCCAGUAUACCCGACACAGGUACCCAAAAGGAUUCACUAACUGAGGAUCGGGCGGAAAAAACGUUAUCCCCAGCAGGUACUAAUGAUACUACCGACGAUCACAGUGAGGAGGAAAUUGUGGAGGAAAGCCCCGGUGAUGCUGCAGAAUCAGGUGUCGUACUGACAGAAGGAAACGAAAGUGAAACACCGGGCAGCGGUUCGAAGGAAACAAAAACAUCACACACUAAAUUUGAGGAAAGUAACGCAGUAACGCCUGGCAACGGUGAGAGCAGUCCCACGGCUCCUCCCGCCGGAGAGUCAGACGCUGCCACAACCACAACCCCGAACAAUCAUGAUGCGCGUAGCCUCAACAACAAUGGCGACAAUACCUUCACAGAAGAAUUGGACCAGAAGGCAGCAACAACGAAACCCAAAAGCGCACCAGAAAGCACUGACACUGCAGCAGCCAACAGUGAAGCAUCCACAACUGCCAUAACCAUCUCCACUAACACAAAAAACAAAACAACCACCGGCGACAGCGACAGCAGCACCGCGGUCUCCCACACCACCUCCCCUUUUUUGCUUCUUCUUUUUGUUGCGUGUGCGGCUGCUGCUGCGGUGGUGGCCGCGUGA